UACCAACCUCCGUUUAGAUUGACACAGAGUUGACACAAAUUUAUUUGUCAAAAUACCAUAUAAACAUUAUUUCUUUUACGUUUUAGUCAUCAAUUCUUAUUUGUUUCCUCGAUUUUCUGUGAAUAAUACCUUGCAGCCAAAAAUCUAACCAAAGCCUGAAACUUGCAAAAGGAACAUCGUAUCGUGCUCUAUUUCCGUAAUCAUCGGAUCGUCGCGAGUGAGUGAAUUGUAUGCUUGGUUUCUCGUUCUUGACCUUAGUUUGGCCAUCGACACCUCGAUGCAAUUUUAAGUUGUGUAACGACGCCAGAAGUAAAUGCCAAAUCUCACUUCGACGCUUUAUUGUUCGACAAUAAUACGUUUCGAUGUCCAACAUGAUUUUCUGUCAAAAAACCUAAUAAGAAAAUUUUGUGUAAGAAUCGCUUAACUCCGCUAUUUGUAGCGAAACUAACUGUGUAAACUGAUCUUCCAUACCCAAGUGCUCUUGUAGGCCACAUUUCCAAACAAUAAAAAGGCGGUUAUGUUACAAUGCCAGCCUCGUAGUUGUUGACAUAGGACUCAGUUGCCAGGAGACGGUACAUAUGAUUUUAUUGAUGGUACAAUGAGCGAGGAGGCACAUAAUGAUGGCAGCAAGAAGACUGCAUCGGUUGCCGAGUCGCAGGAGGCAGGCGCGCAGGGCGCGGAGAGCAUGCCCGCACAGCUGGACGCCUCCACGAAUGUAUCACAAGUGCAGCUUGGACAGAUGACGGCGGGCUCGGUGCCACAACCUGACGGCAAGUGGAUGUGUGACAUGUGUACUUAUGAGAAUUUCCCACUUUCUAGGAAGUGCACGAUGUGUCGCACGCCCAAGCCUUCACUGGGGGAGGAUAUCUUCAAGCUGCAGGAUGCAGCCAGCGCGCUGCCCGCCCUGCCCGCCGUGCCCGCGCAGCCAGUCUGCGCGGCGGAGGCGGUAGCGGAACGUUUAAAGCCACUUAGAAUUUCAUCUCCGCAAGGCCAGGCCAGCGCCUCCUCCGUCAACAAGUGGGCUUGCUCAACAUGUACGUACGAGAACUGGCCGCGCGCGCUCAAGUGCGCCAUGUGCGGCGCCGCGCCCGCCGCCGCCCCGCACCACACGCACUACACCAACCAGCAGAAUGAUGGUCAGUACAUUAGAUGUGGACGUAGAGCGCGUGGCAGGCAGAAACUUAGAUGGCUAGAUGACGUCGAACGCGAUUUUAAGAACAUCAGCGUCAAGGACAAAGUUUACUAG